AUGGAGUGUCCAUUCUGCGGAUUCAAACCCCCACAAGGGCAGGAGCAUGAGGAUUACGCAAUGCAGCUGCAUAUAGAGACGGAACACUCAGAGGGGAAGUCACCAUUUGUACCAGAUGAAAGCCUCUCCAACCCUGAGCAUGCUGCUGGGAACCUAGAUGCGGCUAGCACUGCCUAUGUGGAGUGUCCCAUCGAGGGCUGCAACGAGGUUGUCGUCAGGGAUGAACUCGACUAUCAUCUUGAGUUGCACUCAGAUGAGGCUGAUGAUGGCAGUGCAACUACCCACCCAGAGUCUGGGGCUGCGCCAGCAACGGAUCCGACCACUGCUAUCGGUGGUGACGAUGUCCGCCGCACGAGAUCGGCGAAACGGCGGCGCUCACCAGCAGCACGCGACAUAUCUCAGGACUCGGAAGAGGUAGCUGCGCAUUCCCGCCGUAAAAAGGCCAUCUUUGCGUGGAGAAACAUCCUGUCGAUGCCCAAGUGGAACAAAUCCAAGCCAGAGACUGACAGUGGCACGACAGCCGCCCCCUCCAGCAGCACUGUUCCAGAUGGGCCAAAGCAGCCGAAACAGCUUGGCAAGGCAGAGCUGGGUCGCUUCGCCCAUGAGAAAAAGAUGCCAGACUGGCUCGUCAAGAUGCUGAAGCGUGACGGACAAGUCGUCGGCCAGGAUGUCAUACCGGUGCUGAAGCAAAUGCUCCAGCAGUCUGAGUCGACUGAGUACGCCUACCUCUGCCACCCGUGCGUGCAGCAUGUGUCCAAGUUGCGGCGUGAGGGCGGAUCACACAACCAGUUCAAUGGGACAUUACCAAGCAUUUUCGACAUACAGGAGUUCAUUGAGGCCGCCUGGGAUCGUGGAAUCAACCAGCAAGGACGUGUUGAGACCGGCGGCGUCAGAGGGACUCGUAAGUAUAUCGGAACGCCAGAGGCGCAAGCUAUGUUUCGAUACCUAAAUGUGCCGUGCGUGGCGCAGGGCUUCAAGAACAAGCAGGAGGCCGGCAAGGCGGAAGCCAGUUUGCUCUUUAAUGUGGAGCAGUACUUUGCGCAGGGAGUCUACAGCCCCGGUGACAGAGUGCGGUGCACGAUGCUGCCGCCCAUCUACUUCCAGCACGCUGGCCACUCGAUGACGAUUGUCGGCAUCGAGAAGGAGACGAACGGCAAGGCGAACCUGCUCGUGUUCGACCCCAUGUUCCGCGACGCAGCGGUCAUCACGCAGCGUAUCGGCCGAAAGUUCAAGUAUAAGUACGCGGACUCGGCUAUUCACGCAUACCGGAGAGGACAUAAGUAUCUGAGACGGUAUCGAGAAUUUGAGUGCCUGAGGUGA